CUUACCGUAUGAGGAAACAACAGGAUAAAAUAUUCUCUCCCAUGCUUCAUAUUUCUUCAGUGAAAGAGUGAUUUUGGAAGACUUGCUAGGCCCCUUUGCUUGAGGUGCCUUUUUCAGAAGAAGCAUGGCUUGCUGUGCAUUACAGAUCAUUGGUUUAAUAUUUGGAGGUGUGGGCAUGGUCGGGACUUUGGCAGCUACAGCUAUGCCACAAUGGAGAGUUUCCGCCCACAUUGACAGUAACAUCGUGGUGUUUGAGACUAUCUGGGAAGGACUGUGGAUGGACUGCAUCAGCCAGAUGGGCAUCAGGCUACAGUGUAAGUUCUACGACUCUAUCCUGGCUCUUCCCCCACCCUUAGAAGCGUUCAGAGCCCUCAUGUGCAUUGCAGUGCUCCUGUCAAUCAUUGCCUUUUUGAUGGCCAUUGUUGGCGUGAAGUACACUCACUGGACCAAGGAGGAUCCCCAGGGCAUCAGUAUCUUCAUGUUAGCAGCUGGAGUUGCCUUUCUUGUGACAGGCGUCCUUGUUCUGAUCCCCGUGUCCUGGACUGGUGGCAGCAUCAUUCAUGACUUCUACGAUGCAAAAGUCCCUACGCCACUGAAACGAGAACUAGGAGCUGCUCUCUAUGUGGGCUGGGUGAGCGCUGCAUUUCUUGUCAUUGCGGGAGUAGUGUACUGUAUCUUCUGGUGCUGGGCUGGAACAACCCCAAAAUCUAGGUAUCCUUCACUUCCUCAUCACAGAUUGCACAAACCUAACAUGGCAGGAGGGACACUGCUAAGCAUGCAGGCGUACGUGUAGUGGCUACAUGGAAUCUUUCAACUUAGUGUGUUGAUAUGUUCUGACUGACUCCAGUGCCUGAUUAAACUGUGAGUCUGUAAUAGAUGAACAAUUUUUUUUCAUUUGCUGUUUACUACUGACACACUUCUUUGCUCUCUAACAUGCUUGUAGGAAAUGUUAUUACAUGGGAAUGUUAGACCUCAAAAGAAAAAUCUCACUGGCAUGGAAAGAAACAACAGCUAUCAGGAAAUCCCUGUAGAAGACUAACAGUACAGUUGAGCUGGAAGGAAGGCAGCUACUGUACAAUAGUACCAUUGCCCACCCCUAAGACCAUGACAGGCAAAAGGGGCAGUGCAUUUUACUCUAAGGUAAAGUCUUCGUAAGGACUGACCUACAACAGUGAUGAGAAGCACGGAUUUGGCAGUGUGGUGGAAAAAAGUCAUUGAAUGAAUGGAAAAGCCCCCAGUAAUCUUAUUUCCAACACUAGCACUCAGAUGUUCAUGCUCUCUUGUCAGAGACCUUUGAUUGACUGUGGGUUUCACAGACACUUGUGGAGCUGAUAUGUCCUUCCUACAUCUUCUGCAGUGCACAGAAUUCAUCUCAUGGAAUAAUAAAAUUUGUAUUCGCUUCACCAGACUUUGUCAUGAAUGUAUUAACUUUCUGCUGCCUGGUAUGUCCCAUCUUUAAAGGAUUCUUCUCUUCUACAAAAUGCAGGACAGUAUCUGUCUUCAGCACUUUAAAGAACUGUGAUUAUGUGAAGUGUAAUUAAAGAAGCCAGGCAAAUCUAAAUGUGCAAUCCCCACUUGCUUGCUGGAAGAUCAAGAGUUCCUGCCUACGUUUUAUAUCAUGCCUGCAAAAAACAAGUCCUGAUGUUGUUCUGACUGCUUUAUGUUUACAAAACCUAUCUUAAAAUGUGAGCUGAGUAACCUGAUUCCUGACUGUCCAUUGUGCUUUUUCACAGAUGAACCUUGGAACAUGCUUUUAAAAGCAGGCAUGUCACAGUACUGUUAAGUGGAGUUCCAUUUAAAAACAUUUUUUCUUGGUCUUCACACAGUAGUAAUGGAUGGCACCAUCUCAUUGAUAUUUCAUGACACAGUUUGAUCCUUUCCUAUGUCUUUGACUGGUAUCUGAAAACUGAGUUUAAUGACUUUUCAAGUUGUACAGAGCAAUGCCUCUAUAUAUUCAUUUGAUGGUUCAAUUACAAGAAGAUGGAAAGCUACAUUUAAUUAAAAAAGCCUUUUAUAAACUUGACUACAUGAAAUGAAAGUCAAAUGAAACCAUGGGGCCAAAUGUGGAUAUGUGUUACAUAUAUUAGCUAGCACUCAUUUACAUUUACAACAACCAGCUCAGAUCUUUUAGUGGGAAUUUCUUGUUACUAGGAAAGAGGUUUAAAGUGCUCUGCUCAUCUCUUGAGGAGUCAAAUUAGCACUUAUUAAUUCCAGAUGGAUCUUGAAGGUGACAUUUCUGCAUAGAUUUUCUAGUGCUAAAAUAUAUUUUUUAUGUUGUCUGAUGGCUGAUGCCACCGUAUGUGUGGUAUACACAAUAUCUUUAACAACAGCUCUCACUGGACCAGAAAAGUUACUUCAAUGGAAUUGUUUUCUUGAAUUUGAUUAUAAUUUAUAUUACCCGGAAGACCUUCAUCUAUUAUUUUAUUGUAUGUGUAUAUUAUAAUACAUAUUUUUUUAAAUAAAUAUUUGAUUAGUGAGCCGGAACUGAAGUUUUUGGAUUAAUUUAGAUAUGACAUUUGUGAUUAACCCAGC